GAGAAUGUGACCAAAUAAUGCCAGUUAUACCAGUUAUACAGCCGAUUCUUCGCUUUCCGCAUCGUUCAUUCGAGCCCGUAAUGCAAAUGGCUGCAAAACACGUAACAGAGACCGGGCCGCGGUCAGAGCCCAAUUCACCCAGGAGUCAAACAACAAAUGUGACGUGGUGCAGUGAAUCCACUCUGAUUCAUCCAUGGCGUCCAUGACUUCCAUGGGUUUCCUUGGAAUUUAUUAUGGGACGUAAAACCGACGGUAGGUAGAUAAUACUUUUCGAUCCUCAAUAACCAAAAAAUGCCCCCAUCAAACCGGUCACACGCUUCCCAUCCCAUCAUGACCCUAAUAACGCCAACUAUAUUCCUCAUCGCAGCUUUGUCCGGCAGCUAUCUAUUCUCGCUAAGAACUCGAUGCUCAGGUAGUAGGACACGCGACCUGGCAACCCGGGCGAGAGCUAGAGACCUCGACUUCGACACCGAGGAAGACGAUGACAUGAUAGCGAGCACCAACCAGCGGCAGCUCGCCUACGACUCGGGGGACGACGACGACGACCUCGUGAUACUGAACGGCCUGCCCUUCCGCACACAAUUUGGCGUCAGGUCUGGCGCCGCCGUCCGCGGCUAUCCCAGCCACGGCGGGCUGUACGUGCUCCACUGCAACGCGGUCGAGCUCGACUUCCUGCACCUUGACCGCUUCCACAUCGCCAUGCGGUCGCCCGACCAGGAAGAGGAGGACGCCCACUGCGCCAACAUGCGCAAGCUCGGCGCCAUGUGGUGGGAGAGCGAGGAGGCCUACAUCCGCAAGGCCAUGGACCCCAACAAGUACAACGACCCGGUCGUCUUCGUCGGCUGGCCUGCCGGUGGCGGCGCCUGGGUCCUCCGCACCACGCACGGCGACGCCUCCGAGCGGGGGAUUGGCAGAAUCAACAACGCCUAUAAUAUGGAAGAGCAAUGUCGCAUAAUCAGGCAGAUGGGUGGCAUAUACUACGAGAACCCAAGGGACGGCUUAGAUUUGGCCGCGUGAGAAAACAAACAAACAAACAAACAAUUGAAAAACAAAAUAAUCAGUCAAUCAAUCACCGAAAAAAUUAUUUACAACAACAUCACAUCACA